AUGACAGAGUCAGCCGAACUAACGUAUCGGAGGGAAACGCGUUCCGACAGAGUCAGCCGAACCAACGUAUCGGAGGGAAACGCGUUCCGACAGAGUCAGCCGAACCAACGUAUCGGAGGGAAACGCGUUCCGACAGAGUCAGCCGAACCAACGUAUCGGAGGGAAACGCGUUCCGACAGAGUCAGCCGAACUAACGUAUCGGAGGGAAACGCGUUCCGACUGAUGACAGAGUCAGCCGAACUAACGUAUCGGAGGGAAACGCGUUCCGACAGAGUCAGCCGAACCAAGGUAUCGGAGGGAAACGCGUUCCGACAGAGUCAGCCGAACCAACAGUCCAGCCGAACCAACGUAUCGGAGGGAAGCGCGUUCCGACAGAGUCCAGCCGAACCAACGUAUCGGAGGGAAACGCGUUCCGGCAGAGUCAGCCGAACCAACGUAUCGGAGGGAAACGCGUUCGACAGGAAUCAGCCGAACCCGCGUAUCGGAGGAAACGCGUUCCGGCAGAGUCAGCCGAACCAACGUAUCGGAGGAAACGCGUUCCGACUGAUGACAAGAGUCAGCCGAACUAAUAUCGGAGGAAAGCAGCGUUCGACAGAGUCAGCGAACCAACGUAUCGGAGGAAACGUUCCGACUGAUGACAGAGUCCUUGAACCAACGUAUCGGAGGAAGCAUUCCGACAGAGUCAGGCGAACCAACGUAUCGGAGGAAACGCGUUCGACAGAGUCAGCCCGAACCAACGUAUCGGAGGGAACGCGUUCGACAGAGUCAACGAACCAACGUAUCGGAGGAAACGGCGUUCCGACUAACGACAGAGUCAGCCGAACUAACGUGCUCGGAGGAAGCAUUCCGACAGAGUCAGCCGAAACCAACGUAUCGGAGGAAACGCGUUCCGACAGAGUCCAGCCGAACCAACGUAUCGGAGAAAACGCGUUCCGACUGAUGACAGAAAGUCAGCCGAACCCCCAGCGUAUCGGAGGAAACGCGUUCCGACGAGUCAGCCGAACCAGCGUAUGGGAGGGAAGCGCGUUCCGACAGAAGUCAGCCCGAACCAACGUAUCGGAGGACGUUCCGACUGAUGACAGAGUCAGGCGAACCAACGUAUCGGAGGAAACGCAUUCCGACAGAGUCAGCCGAACCAACGUAUCGGAGGAAACGCGUUCCGGCAGAGUCAGCCGAACCAACGUAUCGGAGGAAACGCGUUCCGACAGAGUCAACCCGAACCAACGUAUCGGAGGAAACGCGUUCGACAGAGUCAGCGAGCCAACGUAUCGGAGGGAAAGCGUUCCGACCCCAACGACAGAGUCCUUCGAACUAGCGUAUCGGAGGAACGCAUUCCGACAGAGUCAGCCGAACCAACGUAUCGGAGGGGAAACGCGUUCCGACAGAGUCAGCCGAACCAACGUGCUCGGAGGGAAGCGCGUUCCGACUAGCGACAGAGUCAGCCGAACCCGCGUAUCGGAGAAACGCGUUCCGACAGAGUCAACCGAACCCGCGUAUCGGAGAGGGAAACUCGUUCCGACAGAGUCAGCCGAACCAAUGUAUCGGAGGAAACGCGUUCCGACGGAGUCAGCCAUUCGACCAAUAUCGGAGGAAAGCGUUCCGACAGUCAGCCGAACCAACGUAUCGGAGGGAAACGCGUUCCGACAGAGUCAGCCGAACCAACGUAUCGGAGGGAAACUCGUUCCGACUAACGACAGAGUCAGCCGAACUAACGUAUCGGAGGGAAACUCGUUCCGACUAACGACAGAGUCAGCCGAACCAACGUAUCGGAGGGAAACGCGUUCCGACAGAGUCAGCCGAACCAACGUAUCGGAGGGAAACGCGUUCCGACUAACGACAGAGUCAGCCGAACUAACGUAUCGGAGGGAAAUGCGUUCCGACAGAGUCAGCCGAACCAACGUAUCGGAGGGAAACUCGUUCCGACAGAGUCAGCCGAACCAACCGUGUAACUGUAACCAACACUCGUUUGGCUGUUACUACGACCCCGAGGUCGACCAGAGGAGAGCUAGCAUCAACGUCCAGGGACAGUACAGUGGGGGCGGAGUCUGCAUGGAGUGUCAGCAUCACACCGCUGGUGUCAACUGUGAGCGCUGUAUCCUCACCUACUACAGAUCACCUGACCAUCCCCUGGACUCCCCAUUGGCCUGCUCCCCCUGUGUGUGCCGGCCAGAGUUCACAGAUGGUACCUGUGAGGAUCUGACGGGUCGGUGUUACUGUAAACCCAGCUACACCGGAGAGAACUGUGACACCUGUGCUGAGGGAUACAUUAAAUUCCCAGACUGCUACUCCAUAGCAACCUACCUCAACAACAACAAUAGCAACAGAGAAGCUAAACCUGCCGGAGAAAUCAUCAACUGUGAGUGCAGUGCUGCUGGGACGGAGGGAAACUCCUGCCGUCCUGAUCCGCGUACCCGGACCUGUAUCUGCAAACCCGGCUUCACUGGGGAACACUGUGACAGCUGUGUCCCAGGGUACUACGGACUCAACUGCCAGGCAUGUCGAUGCUCAGGCGCCGGGUGCCAGGGUGGUAGGUGUGAUACGCUGACUGGGCAGUGCCAGUGUCACCAAGGCUUCCAGGGCUACUCAUGUGACCAGUGUGCUCCAGGCUACUUCAACUACCCCCUCUGCCGACUGUGUGGCUGCAGCAGCGUGGGUUCCCUCCCAGAGGGCUGUGAUUGGUCUGGACGGUGUGUGUGUCGUCCAGAGUUCCAGGGACCGCGAUGUGAGCAGUGUAGAUCAGGCUUCCACUCCUACCCCAACUGCCAAGUGUGCACCUGUGAUCCUCACACCUCCCUGGGCUCCAGCUGCAGUGUGUCGGGCCACUGCCACUGCAGACCCUACUACAGCGGCACCGCCUGUGACCAGUGUGCUCCUGGUUUCUACGGCUUCCCCAGCUGCACGCCUUGUCAUUGCUCAAUUGAGGGCUCCAGGUUCAGUAGCUGUGACCAGGUGAGUGGUCAGUGUACCUGUCUACCCAACGUCGUGGGACAGAGGUGUGACACCUGCAGCUCUGGAACCUACGGAUUCCCUCUCUGCCAAGCUGACACAUGUAACCCAGCCGGUUCUGUACAGAACGAGGUCCUGCCAACCGUUGGCUCCUGUGAGUGUCUUCUCUAUGUGGAGGGAGUGGCCUGUGACAGGUGUAAACCCCUGUUCUGGAACCUGUCACCUGACACCGUCUAUGGGUGCUCCAACUGUGAAUGCAACGUUGAAGGGACAAUGGGUGGUGUGGCAGAGUGUGCUCAGAGUAAUGGCCAGUGUCCCUGUAAGCCCAAUGCGUGCGGUGGCACCUGCUCUGUGUGUAAAGAUGGAUUCUUCAACCUGCAGAGUGACAGCUUCUUCGGCUGUCAAGGCUGUCAGUGUGACAUUGGAGGAUCAGUGGGGCAGUCCUGUGGGGAGAGGAACGGGAGAUGUCGCUGCAGACCCAACGUAGAGGGACCCAAGUGUGUAACAGCGUGUAACUGUAACCAACACUCGUUUGGCUGUUACUACGACCCCGAGGUCGACCAGAGGAGAGCUAGCAUCAACGUCCAGGGACAGUACAGUGGGGGCGGAGUCUGCAUGGAGUGUCAGCAUCACACCGCUGGUGUCAACUGUGAGCGCUGUAUCCUCACCUACUACAGAUCACCUGACCAUCCCCUGGACUCCCCAUUGGCCUGCUCCCCCUGUGUGUGCCGGUCAGAGUUCACAGAUGGUACCUGUGAGGAUCUGACGGGUCGGUGUUACUGUAAACCCAGCUACACCGGAGAGAACUGUGACACCUGUGCUGAGGGAUACAUUAACUUCCCAGACUGCUACUCCAUAGCAACCUACCUCAACAACAACAAUAGCAACAGAGAAGCUAAACCUGCCGGAGAAAUCAUCAACUGUGAGUGCAGUGCUGCUGGGACGGAGGGAAACUCCUGCCGUCCUGAUCCGCGUACCCGGACCUGUAUCUGCAAACCCGGCUUCACUGGGGAACACUGUGACAGCUGUGUCCCAGGGUACUACGGACUCAACUGCCAGGCAUGUCGAUGCUCAGGCGCCGGGUGCCAGGGUGGUAGGUGUGAUACGCUGACUGGGCAGUGCCAGUGUCACCAAGGCUUCCAGGGCUACUCAUGUGACCAGUGUGCUCCAGGCUACUUCAACUACCCCCUCUGCCAACUGUGUGGCUGUAGCAGCGUGGGUUCCCUCCCAGAGGGCUGUGAUUGGUCUGGACGGUGUGUGUGUCGUCCAGAGUUCCAGGGACCGCGAUGUGAGCAGUGUAGAUCAGGCUUCCACUCCUACCCCAACUGCCAAGUGUGCACCUGUGAUCCUCACACCUCCCUGGGCUCCAGCUGCAGUGUGUCGGGCCACUGCCAAUGCAGACCCAACUACAGCGGCACCGCCUGUGACCAAUGUGCUCCUGGUUUCUACGGCUUCCCCAGCUGCACUCCUUGUCAGUGCUCAGCUGAGGGCUCCAGGUUCAGUAGCUGUGACCAGGUGAGUGGUCAGUGUACCUGUCUACCCAACGUCGUGGGACAGAGGUGUGACACCUGCAGCUCUGGAACCUACGGAUUCCCUCUCUGCCAAGCUGACACAUGUAACCCAGCCGGUUCUGUACAGAACGAGGUCCUGCCAACCGUUGGCUCCUGUGAGUGUCUUCUCUAUGUGGAGGGAGUGGCCUGUGACAGGUGUAAACCCCUGUUCUGGAACCUGUCACCUGACACCGUCUAUGGGUGCUCCAACUGUGAAUGCAACGUUGAAGGGACAAUGGGUGGUGUGGCAGAGUGUGCUCAGAGUAACGGCCAGUGUCCCUGUAAGCCCAAUGCGUGCGGUGGCACCUGCUCUGUGUGUAAAGAUGGAUUCUUCAACCUGCAGAGUGACAGCUUCUUCGGCUGUCAAGGCUGUCAGUGUGACAUUGGAGGAUCAGUGGGGCAGUCCUGUGGGGAGAGGAACGGGAGAUGUCGCUGCAGACCCAACGUAGAGGGACCCAAGUGUAACAGGCCUCGUCCGGACCACUACUUUCAGACCUGCACCACCUGA